GAGGCUGCGGCGGCGGCGGAACAUGGCGCUUCCCAGCACGCUGAACCGAUACUUGCUGCUGUUGGCGCAGGAGCACCUGGAGUUCCGGCUGCCGGAAAUAAAGUCUUUACUUUCGCUUUUUGGAGGUCGAUUCAGCAGCCAUCAGGAAAUCCAUGGAAAUUCUCCAUUUUGGAUUCUUAGCAUUCCUUCAGAAGAUAUUGCCAGAAAUUUAAUGAAACGGACAGUAUGUGCAAAGUCUAUAUUUGAACUAUGGGGUCACGGAAAAUCUCCAGAAGAACUAUACAAUUCUCUAAAAAGUUAUCCCAUGGAAAAGAUGGCUCCAUUUCUACAUUCAGACACUACAUAUAAAAUAAAGAUUCACACAUUUAAUAAAACAUUAACACAAGAAGAAAAAGUCAAGCGAAUAGAUGCACUUGAAUUUCUGCCGUUUGAAGGAAAGGUGAAUUUAAAAGAUCCACAGCAUGUAUUUUCUAUCCUGGAAGAUUAUGGCUUGGAUCCAAACCAUAUCCCAGAGAAACCACUUAAUAUUUAUUUUGGUAGAUGGAUUGCAGAUGGACAGAGGGAACUUAUUGAGUCAUACAGUGUAAAAAAGAGACAUUUUAUUGGAAACACAAGCAUGGAUGCUGGGUUAUCAUUCAUCAUGGCUAAUCAUGGGAAAGUGAAAGAAAAUGACAUUGUCUUUGAUCCAUUUGUUGGAACAGGUGGCCUCUUGAUACCCUCUGCUCAUUUUGGGGCCUAUGUAUGUGGAACAGACAUAGAUUACAAUACAAUUCAUGGAUUGGGAAAGGCUAGUAGGAAAAAUCAGAAAUGGAGAGGUCCGGAUGAAAAUAUUAAGGCAAAUCUUCGCCAGUAUGGCUUAGAGAAAUACUACCUUGAUGUCCUCAUUGCAGAUGCAUCUAAGCCUUCCUGGAGGAAGGGAUUGUUUUUUGAUGCAAUUAUCACUGAUCCUCCCUAUGGUAUCAGAGAAUCUUCUAGAAAAACAGGUUCACAGAAAGAAAUACCAAAAGGAAUAGAAAAAUGCCCAGAAAGCCACAUCCCUGUUUCUUUCAACUAUCAUCUGAGUGAUAUGUUUAUAGACCUUCUAAAUUUUGCUGCAGAAACUCUUGUACUUGGUGGAAGACUAGUCUAUUGGCUGCCAGUGUAUAUACCAGAAUACAUGGAGGAGAUAAUACCACGCCACCCUUGCCUGAAACUCAUUAGCAACUGUGAGCAGAGGCUUUCCAGUCAUACAGCAAGGCGUUUGAUAACAAUGGAAAAGGUGAAAGACUUUGAGGACCAGGACCAAUAUUCUCACCUAUUAGAUAACCAGUUUCUGCCAUACAAAGGUCUUAAUUCAUUUCGUGAAAAGUAUUUUAGUGGGGUAACAAAAAGAAUUGCCAAGGAAGAAAAAUCCAGCCAGGAGUGAAAAUUAAGUUUACAUCAAAUGAACUAAGAAUGAAGAUUUGGGGUUUAAAGAGAAAAGACAUCUGGAUAUUCAUGGAUGACCCAGAGAACAUGUACUGUUUUAAACUUUUUUUAAAAUAGAAAAGCAAAAUAAAUACGACAAAGUAUAUUGAGCAAUUCUUUUGAAAGUGGGUUUGUUUAUAGCAGAUUUUUUUGUACAUGUCUUUUGCAAACAUUAUUUAAUUUAUAUUUGUAUUUUCAAGGGUUAAUGAAGAUUGACUUUAAAGUUAUAUUUUUUUACCAUUAACUUGCAAAAGGAAAUAGUUCUAUUGGUAUUUUGGUAUUUUGGUAUUUGGGGUCUCCUGUAUAUUUUAGUACUUAUUGGAAGUGAUCAAGAAUUAUUUCUUUAGUAGAUUU